CGAGCAAGUCACAGCCAGGAGAGAGUGCUUAUUUCUGAAAAGUUGUUCAAAAAGAUGCACCAGAAGAGAAUUUGAAGUUUUCCUCAGAACCUUGCACCUCCUGGGGGAAUCUGCAUCAUGUGCUUUGGAGAACUUGCCAAGCCCAUGAAUAGUUGAAGCACUUUGUUUGCUGAGCAAAGCCCAGUCAGUUGGUACACAUCCAAUGCUCUGUAUUCUGUAACAUGCUGCUGGGACUGCUCUUGUGUGAUGCUGUGAACUGCGUCUUGGUCAUUGGUCUGGACUUUCUAAAGAAAUCUGCAGAUACCGGGCUCCCAAACAUCGGUUCUAGAUGUGAAGCAACCCCAUGAUGCAACAUGCGUCCCCUGCAUCAUCACUGACCAUGAUGGCAACCCAGAGUGUGCCCCCUCCAACGUACCAAGAGAGCCAACAGAUGACAGCCACGGCGCAGCAGACCACCAAGACGCAGCCAGUACAUAUUCCAUCACCCUCUGCGGCUGCCACCCCUGUAGCCACUGUACCACUUGACCCUCAAGCACAGCUGGAGUCUGACAAGAGAGCAGUGUACAGACAUCCGCUCUUUCCACUCCUUGCUCUUCUGUUUGAGAAGUGUGAGCAGGCCACACAGGGGUCAGAGUGCAUUACCUCGGCAAGCUUCGAUGUUGAUAUCGAGAACUUCGUUCACCAGCAGGAGCAAGAGCACAAACCCUUCUUCAGCGAUGAUCCUGAGAUAGACAGCUUGAUGGUAAAAGCUAUUCAGGUUCUGCGAAUCCACCUGCUGGAGUUAGAGAAGGUCAAUGAACUUUGCAAAGACUUCUGUAACCGCUACAUCACGUGCCUCAAGACAAAGAUGCACAGCGACAACCUACUGCGGAACGACCUGGGAGGCCCAUAUUCACCAACAGCAGUGUCACACACCCUCCCAGCGCAGAGCUCUCCAGACUCUCUGACAACGAUAAACAAUGCUGUCAACUCCCAGGGGAUUGUGGUGCCAACAUCCGCGCUACAACAAGGGAAUGCUGCCAUGGCGACACAAGUGGUAACAGGUGGAACAAUUUACCAGCCGGUAACUAUGGUAACCUCUCAGGGUCAAGUGGUGACCCAGGCCAUUCCGCAGGGUACAAUACAAAUCCAGAACACACAGGUGAAUCUGGAGUUGACCUCUCUCCUACAGGAUGGGGAAGACAAGAAGUCAAAGAGUAAACGUGGUGUGCUGCCCAAACACGCCACUAACAUCAUGCGCUCCUGGCUCUUCCAACAUCUUGUGCAUCCAUACCCAACAGAGGAUGAAAAGAGACAGAUAGCUGGACAAACCAGCCUCACGCUCUUACAGGUCAACAACUGGUUUAUCAAUGCCAGGCGGCGUAUACUGCAGCCAAUGCUCGAUGCCAGUAAUCCUGACCCAGCUCCUAAAGCCAAGAAAAUCAAAUCCCAACACCGGCCAACUCAGCGCUUCUGGCCAGACUCGAUCGCAGCAGGAGUGCUACAGCAGCAAGGAGGGAAUCCCAGCAACCCAGACAGCACUAUGACCGCGGCCAUGGACAGUCUUCAGACGCUCUCCUCUGACACUGCUACGCUCGCCAUGCAACAGGCUAUGAUGGCUGGCCACGCAGGUGAUGACUCGCUGGAUGGAACCGACGAAGAGGAGAUUGAAGAGGAAGAGGAGGAGGAGGAAGAUGACAACGGGGAACUGCAGACGACCAAUGUUAAUGAUCUGGGCCUGGACAAUAGUGACUCACUCGACUAACAGCUCUGCUUGCACACACACAGGAGACAAAGGAAGAAAAAUUUGACCAGUGUGCAGACUUUUUUUUUAAAAAAACAAAAGACUCUUCUCUAUGAACAAGUCACAUCAAGGUGACAGUCAUAAGAACGAAGGCCCCUGUGUCUAGAAUCUAUUUUGUGAUUUAUCCUGUAUUAAUGAAUGUUAUUGUGAAUGUAUCCUUCAUUUUUUUUGACAUUUGUUUUACAUUUGUAUUUUUUACUUGGCUGGUGUGGUCGUCUCCACAGGCGUUCGCUGCCCCUGGCUUUACAUUUGGACUGAGGCUUUUCUUAACACUAAGGCAGGAGGGAGGGGUGAAAUGGUGAGACUGUGUCCCUCAUGCUCUCGCCAUGGCUUUCCAACAGAAAUAAAUAAUGAUUGAAAAAGGGCA